AUGCCUCCCAUGCGCAUCCCCCUCAACCGCCUGGCCCAGACCAUCCGCACAUUCUCAUCCGCCAGCCCUGGCUCGAUGAGAACGGCGGUGGCGCACCACCCGGCAUCCUUACACUUCCACCAUCAGCACAUCGUCCCACACCAGGCGUCGCAGAGGAUCCUCUCCAAAGCUCAGACGCACUGGUCGACCAUCCCCGAGGCCGUCCGCGACGUGACCAGUUACCUCGCCCUGGGGGCGCUGACCUCCGAGGCCGCCUUCCUGGUGUAUUGCUGGGACCAAGAAGCAGACCUGACCGAUUUCCUGGCUGUAUAA